AUGCCAGCUGGAACCGACGGACCAUCGCCCAUGGACGUCAUCAUCGUCAAAUACGCUGACGAUGGUGCAGCUGUUGCUGAAGAAUUUGAAGCACUGCAGCAAGCCUACUUGAUUGUGCUUCGCCAAUCGCAUUCCCGCGCGCGGCCGUCCGUGCUCUUCCAAGUCCGUGAAAACUUGCAGAACUAUGUUGCGGCAAUGCAUCGCGAGAACCCGGCCAUGCCACCGUCGCUGCAGGACCUCGCAUCGGCAUGCCAACUUUCUUGGCAAUUCGGCGGCCCGCCCAAGUAUGCCAUUGGCUUAUAUUCUGGCGAUGGGCCUGCCGGACUGCAAGCUGCGAUUGGCCACGUUUACGAGUACAUGACUUGGCGUUCUUCCCAGAUGGAGCGCCCUGAUGCCGAGUUCCAGGUCACCAUGUGGAACCUGCCAGUCCCGCUCGAUUUCGAAACACCACGUUGGGCCAUUACCUUCCGCGAGGAUGUGCCUGCCGACUUUGACAUUGGGGAUGUGCCUUCCCCGGGCCGAUGCCCGCACCUUACCUUGACGUUCUACCCGGCUGGCACUGCUGAGAAUACCUUCUUUGCGACUAUAUCAGGCAAUACUUGGCCACUGCGCCAUGCCUUGCCGCAAUGGGAGCUUUCACGUGGCGAGAAAGGCGGCUGGAUUCGCACAAGCACUGUCCUGGACGUCACCACGACCACUGCCCUCGAUGAGUUGCGUGACAGCAUCACUGGCGGCUACUAUCGCGUGUCCUUCGCUGCCGGACUCGCCCCCAACAUCCGCGCGGCCGUGGAGGCGAUCUUCCACACUGAGUGAUCCCUAAUUCGUAGCCGGCGAGGAGACGCAACCUCCAAUUCC